UGCGGAGGAAUAUCACAAUCCGGUCUGGUCGUACGAGCAUCAGGGUGUUUUUCAGAAGAUCGAAGAGACUACAAAAAUCACUAUUGUUACCAAAUUGCUUGACAUUGAUUGAGAAACAAACGCCAGCCAGAAUGUCAUACAGAGACAGAAUGUUCGAUUCCUCUAGUCGAUCGGAUAGAAAAGGAUUUGGUGGAAAUUCAGGAAAAUUGCCUGGUGGAUUUCCAUCACGUUUUGGACAGGGAGGUGGAGGAGGCAGCCGCUUUGGAGGUGGGGGCAGAGGAGGUGGUGGUGGUUUUGGUGGUGGAAUGCGUGGAAAACUAGACAAGAACAGCCAGCCAGGUCAAAACCUCAGAAAGCCAAGGUGGGAGACUGAAAGAUUGAUACCAUUUGAGAAGAAUUUCUAUCGAGAACACCCAAAAGCUGCCAGCAGAGAUCCUAAUGAGAUUGCUGCAUUUUUCGAAGCUAACAAGAUAACCUUCAAAGGAAGUAAUCCUCCAAAACCUGUUUUGACCUUUGAAGAAGCAGCAUUUCCAGAAUAUGUAAUGGCUUCAUUCAGACGACAGAGUUGGGGUAAUCCAACAGCCAUUCAAGCAGCUGGUUGGCCCAUCGCUUUGUCUGGCAGGGACUUUGUAGGAAUUGCACAAACUGGGUCGGGUAAAACUGCCGGUUUCAUCUGCCCAGCUACUGUUCACAUCAUGGCCCAGCCUCACCUGCAACCACGUGAUGGACCAAUUGUGUUGGUUUUGGUUCCUACUCGAGAAUUGGCUCAGCAGGUACAGGAAGUUGCCAUCGAGUUUGGUCAAAGUUCAAGGAUAAGAAGUGUGUGUGUUUAUGGUGGAUCUCCCAAAGGCCCACAAAUAAGGGACUUAGAGAGAGGAGCGGAAAUCUGCAUUGCUACUCCAGGAAGGCUCAUAGAUCUGCUUGAAGCUGGAAAGACUACAUUAAAAAGAACCACAUACUUAGUCCUUGAUGAAGCAGACAGAAUGUUGGACAUGGGAUUUGAGCCUCAGAUCCGUAAAAUUUUGGAGCAGAUUCGUCCUGAUCGUCAGACACUCAUGUGGAGUGCAACUUGGCCCAAAGAAGUGAGAAAACUGGCUGAAGAUUUUCUGAAGGAGUAUGUACAACUCAACAUUGGAGCCUUACAGUUGAGUGCCAACCACAAUAUCCUUCAGAUAAUAGAUGUCUGCAAUGACUCGGAAAAGGAUUACAAGCUGUUAAAAUUGCUCGAGGAGAUAAUGCAGGAGAAAGAAAACAAAACAUUGGUGUUCACAGAGACCAAGAGGAGAGCUGAUGAAUUGUCACGCAAAAUGAGGAGAGAAGGGUGGCCAGUUAUGUGUAUUCAUGGGGACAAGUCCCAGCCAGAGAGAGACUGGGUACUCAGUGAGUUCAGGAACGGACGGACACCUAUUCUUAUCGCCACAGAUGUAGCUUCCCGGGGUCUAGAUGUGGAAGACAUUAAGUUUGUCAUAAACUUUGACUACCCCUCAAGCUCUGAGGACUAUGUACAUAGAAUUGGGCGUACUGCCAGGGCAGGCAACACAGGAACUGCUUACACAUUCUUCACCCCAGACAAUGUCAAACAAGCUAAUGACCUAGUCAAUGUCCUGCGAGAGGCCAACCAAGUCAUCAAUCCUAAACUCCUUCAGUUGGCAGAGAAUUCCAGAUUUGGAUACAAAGGUCGCAGCAGGGCACGAGGACGUGAUGAUAGAGGCAGUCGGUUCGGAAAUCGCGAUUCAUUUGGCUCGAGAGAUAGAGGAUCAUCCCGUGGGGGGCGCGGUGGAUAUGGAGGAAACCGAGGUGGAUAUGGUGAUGGUGGUGGCUCCAACUUCAACAGAGAUAGGCCUGGAGGAAAUUCUGUAGGUGGAGGUAGCAGGUUCUCCAAUCAGGGGGCUUCAAGGUUUGGGGGGGCCAGUAAUAGCAACAGUACGAACAACUCAUAUGGCAACAAUGCCAAUAAAAGCUAUGGACAAGGGAAUGCCAACAACUAUGGCAGUCAAAAUACUAUGAAUGGAGGAAACUUUGGAGGACAGCAGCAACAUCAUCAACAACAACAGAAUGGCUAUGCUAGUAAUAAUGGAGUUAACAACAGUGCUGGCAAACCAAAGGACUUGCAAAAUAUGGCUUACAUGUACAGCCAAUGGAUGCAGCAAUCUCAAAAACCUAACCAACCUCCUCUCCCCAAUGGCAAUCCACCACCACCACCUGCACCACCUAAGUUCCCUCCCCCACCACCCCCAUCUAUGUGAUGAUACAAAAUUUUAGAGUUCAGAAAAUUUCGGUGCAAGUGGAAUUUUAUUUAUUAUUGGACUUUUACUUUUAGUUCCACUACCUGUCGACGUCGUGUUCCAUGGUGAUGUCAAUUGGUCAAUAUUGUCUGUAUAAAUGCGAGUAUGAAACGGGUGUUUGUGUGCGUGUGUGGGAGAGUUUGAGCAAGUGAACAUUUCAUCCGUUGGCAUUUGUGUAUGGUAUGUCUUGCCUUCCAUGGAUGAAGCUAUUCCUGAACAAAGGUAGACGUAGACACUUGAAUUUUAAUCAGUGAUGCAUUCUCUGUUGUAGUGUCUGUUGAGAUGAUAUUUUUUUUUAGUCGUGGAUCAGUCUAGCAGGCAUCAGUUUACAACCUUUUAUGGCAAAGGAUAACUUACUGUCUCUAUUCAAGUAUUGAAAGAAAUCCAAAAUUUGAGGAAUAGAUGAUGAUAUUGGUAUUUUACAAGUUUAAUGCACAAUUUUUUUUUUCAGGGAACAAUUUUUUAACCACAUGGAUAAUCUUGUUGAUCAUUUCGAGAGCAGAUGGGUGGGGAUACCAUGUUUGGGAGCUGGGUGGGAUACCAUGUUUGGGAGCUAUCAUGAUCAUUUUAGUCAUUCAAAAGUAUUUUACACAUUCGGUUCUCAUCAGGCAUGAGUAAAUGUUUAAUACCUGAUACAUUAUUUUUUCGGAAAUUAAAAUGUUGAUAUCUGAA